CACUUGCCCACCUCAAAUCGAUUAUCUGUCGAUCGAUGAAUUGAGUUCGUGCCCCCAAAAUUCCCCUGUGUCCGAUCCAAAGUUUCCAAAUUUGGGAACUCCCAUGGCGGAAUCGACGUGGAGCGAGGAGGAGAAGGCCAUGGCGGCUGCCGUCCUCGGCCCGGAGGCGUUCGACUACCUCGCGGCCAGCCAAGCUUGCUCCGACGGUCUCACCGACGCUGCGGAGGCCGACCUCCAGAGCCGCCUCCUCGACCUCGUCGAGGGCCCCCCUGACCGCCCUGGAGUGGGUUGGAACUACGCCAUCUUUUGGCAGAUCUCCCGCUCGAAGACCGGCGACGUCGUUCUCGGCUGGGGCGACGGGUCCUGCCGCGAGCCCCGGGAGGGGGAAGAGGGCGCCGCGUCCGCUGCCGCGUCGGCGAGAUCCUCCGGCGAGGACGAAUCGUGCCGGCACAAGAUGAGGAGGUCCGUCCUCCAGAAGCUCCACGUGUUCUUCGGCGGAUCGGACGAGGACAACUACGCCAUCCGUCUCGAUCAGGUCACCGAAGCCGAGAUGUUCUUCCUCGCGUCGAUGUAUUUCUCUUUCCCGCCGGGGAAGGGCGCGCCUGGCAAGGCUCUGGCGGCAGGUCAGCACUUCUGGAUACUCUCCCCUUCCGAUUACUGCUACAGGGGUUUCUUAGCGGCGUCGGCAGGGUUUCGUACGAUCGUUGUCGUUCCAUUUGAGACGGGUGUCCUCGAAUUGGGGUCUGUUAGAUCGCUAGCGGAAAGCCCGGAUGCCUUGCAGAUGAUAAAGUCGGUGUUUUGGGGCAAGGUUCCUGCAGAGAUGCCCCGAGCCAGUGAGAAGAUCGAAAAGAAUGGAUCAGAUACAUGCACGAAGAUCUUCGGAAAGGAUCUCAAUCUCGGGACUUCCAGUGUCACUGAAAAGGUUUUGGUUGCAAAAGUAGAAGACAAUUCUUGGGAUACAAACUUGAAGAGUGGCAGCAGCGACAAUUGGUUGUUAUUUCCUAAUGUUCACAAGGGAAUGCAGAGUUUCAGUUGGAACCAUGUCCGAAGUGUGAAUUCUGACCAAAAGCAAUUCGACAAUGGCAUCUCGAUCGCAAGUAACGAUGUUAGUAACCAUAGUAACGGCAUGGGAGGAGAUCGUCUGCUCGGCCAAUUGCGGAUCCAGAAGAAUCAGUUAAAAUCACAACAGCUGCUCCAGCCAUCGCCAAGGCAGAUCAAUUUUAGUGGGGGUGGGACUUUGAGAGCUGCAGCCACGAUCGGGAAUGUCGGAACAUUGGAAAUGGAACAAACAAACAUGGAGGCUUCUUGCAAAGAGGAGAGACACGUCCCGGUCGAGGUCGAGGAGCGACGGCCAAGGAAGAGAGGAAGGAAGCCUGCUAAUGGAAGGGAGGAACCUCUCAAUCACGUUGAGGCAGAGCGGCAGAGAAGGGAAAAGCUUAACCAGAGGUUCUACGCACUGCGGGCGGUGGUGCCUAACAUUUCAAAGAUGGACAAAGCCUCUUUGCUGGGCGAUGCCAUUUCCUAUAUCACUGAGCUCCAAAACAGAUUGAAGGAGCUGGAGACGGAGAAGGAAACACUCUUGGAAUCAGGGGAAGUGAAUUAUGAGGCUCGAAUGCAGCAUCCCGAGGUCGAUGUGAAAACAAUGCAAGAUGAGGUGAUCGUGCAAGUUAGCUCCCCUUUCAACACCCAUCCCGUUUCCAAAGUUUUUCAAGCUUUAAAAGAUGCACAGAUUGAUGUAGCAGAGUCGAAGGUAUCUGAUGGUGGAGACAGUAUACAACAUACUCUCAUCAUCAAAUCAUCUGGUUCUGAACAGCAAAUGAAGGAUAAGAUCGUUGCUGCAUUAUCUAAUGAAGGGAGCUCAAUUAACAAUGAAGUCUAGUGUUAAUUUAGGAGGUAGAAAGAGCCAUCUCACCUCAUCAUCUGGGAUUUUGUUGCCGAUUGAGACACAGCAGGGAUAUACCCACAGUAAAGUCUGAAUCUGACACUAGAAGGAUUUCACUAACUGGAUAAUUCAAUUAACCCCAAUCACUCUGUUAUCUUCCCUGGUAAGACAAACGUUCAGAUAAUGUUAUACUGAUGUAUCUAUGUACAAUUAUCUUUCAAACUGCUAUGGGUUUAAUGCACAUCUCUGUUUAUACCCAUUUUGUCUUGGAGUAGACAGUGUUUCUUAUCGUUUGAUAGUCACAAUGCUGUACCUGUAUGCCUGACAAUUUGAACCAUUUGCAUGUUACAUUAAAAUAUAUGAAAUACUGUGAUUAUAGGGAAUCAAAUUGGUGAUGUUUGUUUCA